AGAGGGAGCCGGGCCGCCGUCGCUGCCGUUGCUGUCUGUGCGCCCUCCGCCCGGUGGCCCCCACCUCCGCCCUGCGGCCACACCUGGCGCCCCCUGGCUUCCCCGGCCCCCGCGCGGCGUGGAGCCAUCUUCCCUCACCUCCUACCGGAACCCUAGCUUGCUCCCGGCCCAUGCGGCCCCCGCGGGCUCCCGGCCCCGGCUCCAGAACUGAGCCCUGCACCUGAGCGCGGGGCCCGGCGGGGCGCGGCGGCGGCGAUGGGGAAACUGCAGUCGAAGCACGCCGCUGCCGCCCGCAAGCGGAGAGAGAGUCCGGAAGGGGACAGCUUCGUGGCGUCCGCGUACGCGAGCGGCCGCAAAGGCGCGGAGGAAGCGGAGCGGCGCGCGCGGGACAAGCAGGAGCUGCCCAGUGGGGACCCCAAGGAGGAGCCUUUCCGGGAGGACCAGUGUCCCCUAGAGGUGGCACUCCCCCCUGAGAAAGCUGAGGGCCGCGAGCACCCGGGACAACAACUCAGCGCAGAUGACGGAGAAAGGGCAGCAAACCGCGAGGGCCCUCGAGGACCGGGCGGGCAGCGCCUCAACAUUGACGCACUCCAGUGCGAUGUCUCGGUGGAGGAGGACGACCGCCAGGAGUGGACGUUCACACUCUAUGACUUUGACAACUGCGGGAAGGUCACCAGGGAGGACAUGUCCAGCCUCAUGCACACCAUCUAUGAGGUCGUGGAUGCCUCAGUCAACCACUCCUCGGGCAGCAGCAAGACCCUCCGUGUGAAGCUAACCGUCAGCCCCGAGCCCUCCAGCAAGAGGAAGGAGGGUCCUCCUGCUGGCCAGGACCGGGAGCCCACCCGUUGCAGGAUGGAGGGUGAACUGGCAGAGGAGCCAAGGGUGGCCGACAGGAGGUUGUCUGCACACGUCAGGAGGCCCAGCGCUGACCCCCAGCCCUGCUCGGAGCGGGGGCCCUACUGCGUGGACGAGAACACGGAGCGCAGAAACCACUACCUGGACCUCGCCGGGAUUGAGAACUACACGUCCAGAUUCGGCCCUGGGUCCCCUCCUGUGCAAGCCAAGCAGGAGCCGCAGGGCAGGGCCUCGCACCUCCAGGCCCGGUCCCGCUCCCAGGAGCCGGACACACAUGCCGGGCACCACCGCAGGUCGCAGGUGCUGGUGGAACAUGUCGUGCCAGCCUUGGAGCCUGCUGCCCGGGCCCUGGACCCGCAGCCCCGGCUGAAGGGGCCGGAGAAGCAGUUCCUCAAGUCCCCCAAGGGCUCCGGGAAGCCGCCUGGGGUGCCAGCCAGCAACAAGUCCGGGAAAGCCUUCAGCUACUACCUGCCGGCCGUCCUCCCGCCCCAGGCCCCUCAGGACGGUCACCACUUCGCACAGCCUCCCCUGCAGCCGCCACCGCCACCUUACGGCCACAAGCGGUACCGCCAAAAGGGCAGGGAGGGCCACUCGCCACUCAAGGCCCCACACGCCCAGCCUGCCACAGUGGAGCACGAGGUGGUGCGGGACCUGCCGCCCACACCAGCAGGAGAGGGCUACGCGGUGCCAGUGAUCCAGCGGCACGAGCACCAUCACCACCACGAGCACCACCACCACCACCACCACCACCACUUCCACCCGUCCUAGUGCCGCUGCCAAGCACACCUCGCUCCCAGCAGAGCACAGCCUGCGCCGUCAGGGCAGGGAGCAGAGCAGCUGCCGGCUGUGUGCCCGUGGAGAGCCCAGCACCCCCCACCUCCGACAGCAAACAGCAACUGACUGCAGGUGCCGGCAUGAUGGAGGCGGUGCACCUUGGACACGUGGACAAGGCCCAGGCGCCCUCUGCUCUCCUGCCCUCGAUGCCAUGUGGCAGUGAACACAUCUGAAGCCACUGCGUUUCCCGGCUCUAAGGCUCGUCUGUGUAACCCAUAAAACCUGCUUUGAUUCCAAAAUGAG